AUGAUCACAGAUCAGAUAAUACACCUCCUGGUCCAGCACUGGCCUGCGGUUCUUGUCACGGUCGUUCUCGCCUGGCUGGUCAAGAACAGGUAUCACAAUGGACUGAACAAAUACCCGGGGCCGUUCCUGGCGUCGUUGACGGACUGGUGGAGGUUUUAUGAUGUCUACAGACGGAGACCAGAAAGGACGCAGAUUGAACUGCACAAAAAGUACGGGCCGGUGGUGAGGUUGGGGCCGAACACACUCUCGUUUGCGGACCCGGAGGCGUUGAAAACGAUUUACGGGUUGAAUAAGGGAUUUGUCAAGUCUGAUUUCUAUGUCGUUCAACAAUCAGUCGUCAAAGGGCACAGCCUCCCGUCCUUGUUCAGCACCACAGACAACGACUUCCACAUGCAGUUCCGCCGGUGCGUCAACGGGGCGUUUGCCAUGUCCCAGCUGGUGCAGUACGAGCCUUUUGUCGACAACACCACAAAGUUGUUCCUGAAGCAGACGGAGAAGCUGUACAUUGACACCCCAAAGGCCUGUGACUUCACGCAGUGGCUGCAGUUUUACGCGUUUGAUGUGAUUGGGGAGAUUACCUACAGCAAGAGGCACGGGUUCAUUGAGAGGAACGAGGAUGUGGAUGGGAUUGUGGCGUAUCUCACCAAGCUAUUCCUCUAUGUCGCUCCUAUCGGCCAAAUCCCCCUGUUGGACAAGCUCUUCCUCAAAAACCCCCUCUACCUCAAGCUGGGCGAAUGGGGCAUCCUCGACACCACCUUUCCCGUCGCCAAGUUCGCCCGCGCAAGGAUGGCGGAGCGGCUUCCCGAGCUGGAGUCGGCGUCACCUGAAACGAAACCUCUGCUGCCCACGUCGGAGAAGCCGCCGUUGGGAGUGAAAUCCCCUGACCUCCUGUCCAAGUUCUUGGCCGCCAGGGAGAACAGACCUGACUUCAUGACCGAUACGCUGGUUCAGACAAUGGCGGUGAGCAUGGCUUUUGCGGGCUCGGAGACGACGGCCAUUUCCCUGUCGGCGGUGUUUUACUUUUUGCACAAGACCCCGAGGGCGUUGGCGCGGUUGCUGAGGGAGAUUGAUGACGCUGCGAGGGAGGGGAGGUUUUCGGAUUACGAGACUGGACUGGUGACCUGGCACGAGAGCCAGACGCUGCCUUUCCUUGAUGCGUGCGUCAAGGAGGCUUUUAGGCUUCAUCCUGCGCCUGGGUUGCCGAUGGAGCGGAUCGUGCCCGAGCCGGGGCUUGAAAUUGCAGGACAUUGGGUGAGGGGUGGGACAAUUGUUGGGUGUAAUGCUUGGGUUUUGCACAGAGAUAAGAAAGUCUGGGGGGAGGAUGCGGAGGAGUUCAGGCCGGAGAGGUGGGUGGAUGAGACGGAUGGGGAGAGGUUGAAGGGGAUGAAUGGGUGCAUGCUGCAGUUUGGGAUGGGGAGUCGGACGUGUAUUGGGAAGAACAUCAGCUUGUUGGAGAUUUACAAGUUGGUACCGAGUAUGUUGAGGAGGUUUGAGUUCGAUUUGAUGAUCCGAACUCGGAGUGGGAGAUUGUGA